CCCAUCUCUGUGGAUUGGAGUGGUAAUUCACUGGAAGCGGCUCCAUCUCUGUGGUCUGUGGUGAUAAUUCACUGGGAGUCCAUCUCUGUGGACCGUCGUGAUAAUAAUUCAUUGGAAGCAGCUGUCCGGGAGUCCAUCUCUGUGGUCUUGUACUGUCCUGUUCUGCGCAGGUUGUGCUGCAGCCUUCUUCUAGAUGAAUUGUGCUGGAACCUGAGGGAGUUGCUUGUAGCUUUGGGCAGACACAACCACGACACAAGACCAUCAUUCCACGAGCAGAUCGACAGGGCCGGGAAGAGCAAGUUUAGGAGCAACCAACCAAGGAUGAAGAGUAGCACGCUGGUGGCGAUCCUGGUCCUCCAGGCCGUCAUGGUCAUGGGGAUCCUCGCACACUCACAGGCAGCGGACACGGACGACGAUUUCCCCAAGUGCUGCGACCACUGCAACUCCUGGUCGGGGGCCCAGUUCUGCGACGACGUCGGCCCCAAGUGCCGCGACGGCUGCGUCAACUGCCGCGUGGUGCAGACCCGCCCCGUGAAGACAUUCCGGUGUGGAGAUGGACGCUCCGCCUACCCAUACAUCCCUGCCCGCCGCCGUGCAAAAAGAACUGAUCGCUCCACCUCAUCACACAGUGAGAUCGAUGUCGGGCCGGAAAGUAGUAGUACGUAUAAAAUAAAAAAGGCUCCGAUGAGAUGCGCAGAGCCGUUGUGGUUGUACAUGCAUGUCUGUCGCCUACGCCCAGCAACAACUGUCGUCGUUCUCUCUACUUUGAGAGAUACAACAUAUAGUUGAUGUUGCUCCGUAAUAAAUAAAUAAAUAAGCUUUGUAAAACCUGGUUCCAUGUCCCGCUGGUAGGCAUUACAGUGAUUCAAAA